AUGGCGGCGCGAUGGGGAGCAGGAAUGCGGAACGGAUUCCUCGGUCAGUUCUCACACUACCUCAUUCGCUACGCAACAUGGAUCCCUCCAUUGGUGGUCUUCAACGGCUGGGUUGCCGAGAUCACACAAAUCAAGGGGCCGUCCAUAAACCCACUGAACCCAAAGGGAAAGGUCGUAAAAAGAGUGGUCGGAAUAGCAGGCGACGUGAUCCGUACCAAGGCGCCUUACCCGCAUGAAUACGUCCAGGUACCAGAAGGGCACAUCUGGGUAGAGGGAGACGGCGACAAGACCAAGGACAGUAACUACUACGGCCCGAUAUCAGCGUGCUUGGUCACCGGCCGUGUCACGCAUAUUCUGUCGCCGUGGGAUCGAUUUGGGCGGGUAAAGUGGUGGGAGCAUAACUUGCGACCGGGGAUCAAGAAGGCACGCCAUCUGCUGGAGUGA